AAGUACAGAGGAGUCCAACCGCGCGAAGUGGAGCCCGGAGCUGACAAUCAGUAUUUCUGAAAAAGAAAAGACUUGCUCUAUCAGACAGGCUAUGUUGAGACAGCACAUGCGGCCUCUGGGAUGUUUAUGGAGUUGGAAUAUAAGGAGUUAUCUCUUUUGUCCAGUCGUAUGUAGGACGUGGCGUUUGGGGCUGCACUGAAGCAGUACAUGUAUAGUUGUAAUUCGCCAAACGCCGUGCACAUUUUUGAACGCGCAAGAAGACAACCACAGCAACCUGGACUCCUCUUGUACUACAGGAAUGGUUUAUCCUCCCGAAGGUGUAUUCUACAUCGAAAUGGAUCAAGCACCACCAGCUCUUCCUCCCAGGUCCUCAAAGCCAGUGAUGUCCACCAUGAACAACAACUGCCUUUCCCCACCUGUGCACUCGCUACACGAUGCUGAAUGGUAUUGGGGAGACAUUUCAAGAGAUGAAGUGAACGAAAAGCUUCGGGACAGCCCCGAUGGCUCUUUUCUUGUGCGUGACGCAUCCACAAAGCUGCAAGGAGACUUUACACUGACAUUAAGGAAAGACGGACUCAACAAGCUGAUCAAAAUUUACCACCGCGACGGCAAGUACGGCUUCUCGGACCCCCUCACGUUCACUUCGGUGGUGGAGCUGAUUUGGCACUAUCAGCACCAUUCGCUGGUGGAGUACAACGCCACGCUGGAUCUGAUGCUCACGCAUCCCGUGUCACGAUUCCAGCAGGUGACAGAGGACAGUGUGGACGUCGCCGGGCGGAAGCUCAAAGAGGUCCACAACCGGUACCAAGAGAAAUCCAAGGAGUUUGACCGUUUAUAUGAAGCCUUCACAAAGACCUCACAGGAGUCGUUCUCUGUGACGCAGGAGAUCCAGAUGAAGCGCACCGCCAUCGAGGCCUUCAACGAGACGAUGCUGAUUUUUGAGGAGCAGUGUCGCGAGCAGGAACGCUACGGAGAGGAGUUUGAGAGGAACAGCCCUUCGGAAGGAGCUGACACAGAUUUGGAGAGUUUUCUGAUAAAUUACGAGAAGCUCAAGUGCCGUCUCGGGGAGAUCUACGACAGCAAAAUCCACCUGGAGGAAGACUUGAGGACGCAAGUGGAGGACUACAGAGAGACGGACAGGAAGAUGAACAGUUUGAGGCCAGACCUCAUCCAGCUACGCAACAUCAGAGACCAGUACCUAAACUGGCUUAAUCACAAAGGAGUGCGACAGAAACGGAUAAAUGACUGGCUGGGGGUACACACCGACAGUCUGGAUGACACGUACGUGUUGAAGGGGGACGAGAAGAACCUGCCACACCAGGACGAGGCCAGCUGGUUUGUUGGCGAGCUGAGCCGGCCGCAGGCCGAGGAGAUGCUCCAGGGGAAAGCGUCCGGGACGUUCCUGAUCCGCGAGAGCAGCAAACAGGGAUGCUACGCCUGCUCUGUUGUCGUGAACGACGAGGUCAAGCACUGCAUGAUCUACAGCACGCCGCACGGGUACGGCUUCGCCGAGCCCUACGACGUGCACUGCUCGCUGAAAGAGCUGGUCCUGCACUACCGCCUGAACUCCUUAGCGCAACACAACGACGCCCUGGACGUGCGGCUGUCGCACCCGGUGCACGCCAAAGCCCCCACCCCGGCCUCCCAGCGCACAGAGGAGCACAAACUGUUACAGACUCCAAAACACACGUCGGGGCUCCCGCCCGCCGCCCCGGAGAUGUAAAGACACGGGGGAUAGGACAAACAACAACGACUUUAAAAAAAGGACACGUUUACUGAAUGCUGCGAGAACGACUGCAUCAACGGUGCAUUGCGGAAAGGUUUGCACUACGGCGAUUCCAUCAAUUGUGAAGGGGAUUUGUCAGAUUGAAGUGGGACCGGAAGUUGAAUGUCAGCUUGACUGUUUAAGCUUUUCCAGUUAAUUUUAGACUUCAUUUAUUGCUGUUUGUUCUAAGGACCCCUUCUCUGUUAGGGAUGUCCACAGCCUGAAUCUUCUUUUCUUUUUUUUUCCCACUGGCAUCAGGUGCUGCACCUUAAAGUUGACGUUGCCAGAUUUGCGUUUCCCAAAUGAGAAGUUAUUCGGUUCGUUUAAAAAAAAAAAAUCUGAUUAGUAUGUCAAGAAAUAUUGGGUUGCUACUGCGAAGCACAUUUGUGAAGUAGUGGGCGGGAUGGUGCUGUAACAGGUUGGUGGGCCAAACCAUUUUUGGGUUAAAAUGCCACGUGUGAAUAUGUUAAAAGGUUGUGCUGCAUCUUAACCAUUUGCCCCUUUCUUAACAGAUAUUCAUAUACAGUGGAUAAUUAUGUAGCAUUAACAUACUGUAGAAAACCAUUGUAAAAGCAUACUCAAUGUUAUACCCAUUGACCAAAGCACUUAAUAGUAAGCAAAACUACAUCCCUGUUUAGUGUGGUAACUGCAUUUGGGCAAGGGUAGGGCAAUUUAUGUACACCUGCUGAUGUGCUGAUCAAAACAUAAUCUGAAGUACUGUAUGUUAUAUUCUGUUAUUCAAAGAAGUAUAAGCUUUUUGUAUUCUAUAUAUUUUUUCUAUAAACAUGCCACAAGAUGAAAGCUUGAAGAACGUGCAAUCCAACAGUAUUUCUAUUGUUGCAAUAUGUGACGAUGACGGCGGUGGGGAAGGUGGAGGCGGCGGGGAAGGUGAUGCUGUUCCGAGAGGUUGACAUUUGCCACAAAAAUGCACUCUCCCUGCUGGUGUUGGUAUGAUGUGGCCUCCGAUGUUUGUGUGAACUGCCAGAGGUCCGGAAGUAUCCUGCCUCCCAUUACUUGAACUGUGGCAUUGCUCGAGCUAUGAAUGUUUUUUCAUGACAUGCAGCCUACAUAGCUUAAGAGGAAAGGCAUCCAUGUUGAACUUGGCACAUUUUUCAAGUCUGAGGACAAUGGACACUUUGUAUAGAGAUACCGUACAAUGUAUUUCUGACGUUGGUUUGCGGAAGGAGGUUGAUGAAGCCUCUUGAGAAAUUUUACUCCACUGGAGGACUGAGGAAACUCCUCGAGUGAAGCUGAGCAAUGUGAGAUCCUGACCUUUUUCAUGCUGAAAGACAAUAAACUGAAGAGAGUUUUGUCAACUC